AGAGUCACACAGCUGACCAGUGGCGGAGCCGGGAUUCGAACCCAUGACCCCCGACUCCCAAGCCCGGGCUCUUCGCGCCGCGCCGUAGAUACGAGAGACUCAGGUUGGAGGCGAUCGGUAUCGGUAAAGGGAUAGGGGAUUGAGAGAGUUGAGUUCCAGUAGAGAGGGUGGUAUUGAGGUGCUUAGUACAGGCCUGGCACAGAGUAAGCACUUAUCAAAUACCGUAAAAAAAAAAUGAACCAUUUAGGAGUAUAAACAGAGUUAUAGCAGUAUUGUUUUUUUUUUUUUUUAAAGUCGAAGGUUCCGUAUCAGUAAAACAAACGUUCUCCAUUUUCUGAUACAAGCUAAGAGCCCGUCUCUCAUUGCCAGUAACGCCGAAGAAUAAAAAAGUAUCACAGACCUAAAUGAAUUCCCAUUCGAGGGCUUCCUGAGGAUGGAUGGCAGAUAAUCGAGCCGGGGGUCCAAAAUGACAGCAAAUGACUCGAUCCCUCUUUUCUGACAGGUCUUAGAUGCUUCUUCGCUUUCUUCCAGGAGAUAUGGAAGAACCCGUUAAACGGAGUAGUGCCUCCGAGAUGAAUAGAUCCUUCCCGUGCAUCAACAAAUGUCACGGCCGGAAGAAUGGACUCUCCAAACUCUGCAGGAGUAAAACGACCCUCUCGGAAGAGAGAUGGAGCUCCUACUGCUUGUCUUCACUGACGGCCCAAAAUAUUUGUCGCGGCAAACUGAGCGGCUGUCGGACCCGCCUGGAACAUUCCUCUCUGUCCGGUUCGGCGUAUAGUACGCCCUGUUGCUCUUUUCUGAAUGGGCUGGCCACGGGAUCGUCCGGCCUUUCUCUACCCACACCCGUGUGCAAUCCAAAUAAAGCCAUCUUCACCGUUGACGGACAGACGACAGAGAUCCUCGUCGUCAACGAUAAAGCCUGCAAGCUCCUCGGCUGUAGCAGCCACGAUCUGAUCGGCCAGAAACUGUCCACGCUGUUUUCCAAGACCGACGACGACGUAGCGGAAGCUUUAAGUGAGGAGCGAAUGGAGUCGGACGGACGUGCCGCGGUGACUUUUGGCAUAGUGGUGGACAUCGUUGGGCGCAACAAUGAGAAGAUUCCUGUGUCCGUGUGGAUGAAGAGGAUAAAAAAUGAGUGCGGUCACUGUUGUGUGGUUGUGCUGGAACCCGUGGAAAGAAUCUCUGCUUGGGUCACCUUUCAAAGUGAUGGAAAGAUAACAUCCUGUGACCUCUUCUUUGCUCAACUCUAUGGUUAUACAUCUUCGGAGGAAGUCGCUGGGUUACAGAUCGCCGACCUGAUUCCUUCCGUGCAGAUUCCUCCUCCUGGCAAGAAAAUCCCAAAGAAUCUCGAAGUUCAAAGAACCGUUGGGAGAGCCAAGGAGGGCACUACCUUUCCUCUGAGUUUAAAACUGAAACCCAGGAUCCCAGAAGGGGAACCGGAAGAGACGAAAACAGAACCCCCUUCAGACUACUGUUUUUUCUCCGCUUCUAUCUGGGUUUUCACCACCAUCAGUGGCCUCAUCACUCUUCUACCGGAUGGAACCAUCUAUGGCAUCAACAACAGUUUUGCCUUAAUGUUGUUUGGUUAUGAAAGGUCGGAGCUGAUAGGGAAGAGCAUCACGGUCCUGAUUCCUGGGUUCUACAACUAUAUGGACCCAGUGGAUGACAGUUCCUUGCCUUUGGUCCAUCUUGUUGAUUGCCUAGAGAUGGAAAACAUGAGUAGUGCUGAGGAGAGGAAGAAGAGCCAUGCAGGAGACUGGCAUCUAGCUAGCAGCGCUGAAGUUCCGGAGGUCAACAUUUUCCCUGCUGGAGAUGAGGUCCGAUCACAGAGUGAGAAGCUGAAGCUUGCCGGAUGCGAAAGAGGAGAGCUGUCGGUUAGGGCUCACGCCCAACCUAGGAAUGGGGGCGGCCUUCCUUCAAACCCUUCGACCCCUCCAGGAACAUCUGCGGCAGGUGUGGACGGCCUCACUGCGAAGAAUCUACCAACCCAUGGUGAACAGCCUCUGUCUGAGAACCAGCAGAGUAGAACGUACAAGGAGGAGAGUAACACACAUCCGAGCCUUCCCGAUGGACAUUUUCCCGGAAAAACCGAUACGAGACCAUCGAUUUUAGAUUCAAGUUUUAAAUUCUCCGUAGACCCAAACGAAGGUUCACCGCCCAUCAAAACUCAGCCUGAGGACAGAAACGUCCGUGUUGGCGGCCUGCUUCCGGUAGCUCGGCGGGAAUCGGUCGACAGUGGAGAGACCUCAGGCCAUCACCUAGGUGAAAUAUCGAAAAUAGAAGACCUCGAAGACCCUCAAGGAUAUUCCGAAAAAGCUUUUACUCCUGACGGAAAAGAACGGGGCAUAGAAAGCGGGACAAAGGACUCGAUUGGUCCUCAUUCUAAUGCUUCUAAUAUCUCAUUUGGAACCCCCACUCAAGAUGAACCGUGGCAGGAGAUGAUGAGCGAUUCCAGACCAGAGCGGCAGACUUCGGCCAUCAUGGAGCAGUUGGUGAAACCAAACUUGGUUUGGACCGUUGGACGCUCUCGCUUUGAGUCUGGAGCAGAUCCACCGUCUAUGUGUGGCGUGAGAGACGGUGGCAUUUAUGGUGGUCACGCAAGACUCCCUAUAGAUUGUAAAACGUCGGGUGCUGCCAGUAAUUCUGAAGAGGCGAAUGGACCGGACAUUAAGGUGCAUGCUAUCUGUGGCGACCUCAAGGAUUUGGAGCUGAACGUCAUCGAAGGAGCGGUUUCAGGCUCAUGGGCCACUUCAGUCGACCUAAGGGCAAGCUCUUCCUUCGUGGGGGACGCCGAUACAAGCGAGGAGAAUAUUCCUAGUCCGAUAUUUGACGCCCCUCGAAGGCCCGGAUCCUUAAAACUGACCGACGCCUCUUCAAUUGAGAGUCAAAUCGGACAGGUCGGUGACGGUUGCUUGGGAGAUGAUGAUGAGGAUCCCUCGGAGGUUUGUAAGAACUUUGAAGAGAGUGAAGGUGAGGGCCUUCUACGGAACAGUGACGGUCUCUCAGCUCGUCCAAAGCCUGUGCAGCAGAGACUGAAAACUCAGGCGACGUCCACCCCGGUGAAGACUUCCAGUGAGCCGACUGCCAAAAUACCUGAUGUGAAGUCUGAGAUUUUGGAAGGCAGUUAUACGGGAAGCUGCUAUCACAGAGAUGGCGCUAGACUCAGCAUGCAGUUUGAAGUGAAACGGGUGGAGUUGAAAGACCCCGCGGCCUUGUUUUGCUGUUGGGUGGGGAAAGACUUCUUUCAGAGUCAUAAGGAAGCAACAGCGAGGACUCAGCUUUUCCUCUCCAGUGUGCCUAGUUCGUCCCAGUCCAUAGUGGAGGUUUCUGGAUUCAGCCUAGGAGAAAUAAUGAGAACAAAACGAUGGUUUGAUGAUCCCCCCAGAGUUAUGGAGAUGGAAAUAUUGAAGGCUUGUGAGGGAGAAUAUUCAGAGCACUACAAUACCCUCACUCCCAUUGGCAGCGGUGCCUUUGGCUUCGUUUGGACUGCCAAGAAUAAAGAAGAAAACAAAGAGGUUGUGGUGAAGUUUAUUUGGAAGAACAAGAUACUAGAAGACUGCUGGGUAGAAGAUCCCGAAUUAGGAAAAGUUACUCGAGAGAUUCUAAUUCUUUCAGAGAUUCAGCAUCCCAAUAUAAUUAAGGUUCUGGGCGUAUUUGAAAAUGAAGGCUUUUUCCAGCUAGUGAUGGAGAAACACGGAUCAGGCCUUGACCUCUUUACGUUCAUCGAUCACCAUCCUAGUCUCGAUGAACCGUUGGCAAGCUAUAUGUUCAGACAGCUGGUGUCAGCAGUUGCCUACCUUCGGUCCAAGAACAUCCUCCACAGAGACAUUAAAGAUGAGAAUAUCAUCAUUGCUGAGGAUUUCACCAUCAAGCUGAUCGACUUCGGCUCGGCAGCCUACAUGGAACGUGGGAAAUUAUUUUAUACCUUCUGCGGAACCAUAGAAUAUUGCUCACCAGAAGUCCUCAUGGGAAAUCCAUACCGGGGGCCCGAGCUGGAGAUGUGGUCACUUGGCGUUACACUGUACACUUUAAUAUUCGAAGAGAAUCCUUUCUGUGAGUUAGAAGAGGCCAUGGAGGCCGUAUUAAAUCCUCCUUACUAUGUUUCAGAAGAGUUAAUGAAUCUAGUAUCCGGGCUUCUGCAGCCUAUUCCAGAACAACGCACAACCCUGGAAAAGUUGUUCCAAGAUCCUUGGGUGAUUCAGCCGGUGAACCUGGCUAACUACACUUGGGAAGAGGUUUGCCCUUUCGCUAAGCCAGGAAGUAGCCAUCUCAAAGGACAAGUCCUUCGUACAGCAACAGGCCUCGGUCUAGAGCAGAGGCAAGACGGCAAAAUGGAUCAGUCUUCCACUCCUCUGGAUCAAGACUUGGGGAACUGCUUCACGUGUCAGGGCGACACCGCUCAGGAGCAAGUUCUGCCCAGGGAUUGACGUUCCUAGCCGAGACCGAUGAAAAGUAGCUCGUUGCUUACCACCAUCUUUAGGAAUAGGAGGAAUUACUUGUUUUAAGUAAUUUGUUAGCAUUCUAUCCCAUUCACCAGUCAAUACGCACUCUUAACUAGAAGCCCAGAUGCAUGGAGGUAAAAGGCCUGUGUUGCAGUAUUCAUUUGCAGUUCCAGGAAUACUCUUUGGAUGCAAAUCGGCGUCAAUUAAAAAAACCCUACUGUCGAAGUAUGAUGUAAAAAGCGUUUUUCAGCUGAGCCUUUCCGAGUAGUGUGAUUUUUAUGUCCAUUUUAUUGCUGGUUUCUAUUUCUUUUCCCCUUAUUUGUAAAUUUUUGUGCUUCAUUCGAUCUUGCAGUUAAACUGUCUGGUUGCAGCUGCAAGAAUCGAGCUCCUUUUCUCCGUUACGAGUAAAGAAGAAAAGAGUACCUUUCAAAAUCUAGGUUAUAGUAUGAGUUUCAAAAUAGUGGGAUCCUUCUAUUCGACUCCCUGUGUUAGAUGCAGAAGGGACACGUCUGACUUAUAUCGAAGACUCUAUUCUCUCUCUGGAUGAAUGCGGAAUGUAACUGGCCUUUCUGAGAACUGCCUGUUAUAACUAUCCAACAGGGAGAAUGAAUACAAACUAAAAGUAAUUCCGAUUGGAUCGGGACCUCCAGUACUCGAGCCAACUUCACACCGUCAGUGUUACCAAUGAAAACUUUUCGAAUUUGUGCCGGAGUCUCUGUUACCGUGCUCUUUUGUGUUGGGUUUUAAUUUUGAAGUGGCAGUGAAGACUUUUUGGAUGCCCUCUUUAUUGUCUACUGCUUUUCUCCUUAGGGUCUCAAAUUCUGUGUAGAAGAUAUAUUUUUAAAACAACCAAAUAAAACCUUCUCUUUCAGUUUGGGGA